AUGGCUUUUAAGAGCCGCGAGGUUCCGCGUAUAGUAGACGCAGCGAAGAGGGUCAAUUAUGCACGAGUAGCCAUAGCUAGCCUUGAGCCCCUGGAUCUGGAGGCACGGGCGGCCUGCUCUGGCCUCGGCAGCGAGGGCAUGCUUGUGCUGGCGGAGCUCUUCGACCGUCUGGAGCUCGUGGCCGGCGAAGAGCCGGAGGCUGGCCUUGAGGGUCUCCCCUUGCAGCUGGUGUGGAGGGGCACGCAAGCUUCUUACGAGCUCUUGAGCACGGCCAAGGGGUUGGAGAAGGAUGCGCCCAUUCUGCUAUGGAAGCUCAAGAUCCAACAGGCACGAUUUGUUAGCUGGGGUCAAUACUUCGGCGCUGGAUCUGGAGUUCUAGAUGCUCAACUGGGGGACAAUGGGUUGUUCGAUCUGGUGGUCGGCCUACUGCAACAGACCAAGCAAAUGCUCAGCCAUGCAGAUACUCUUGCAACCAACCAUAUCCACUCAGCUGUCCUUCGAGAGACCCGCAACGCCAGCCAGGUAGAAAGUGUCAAUGCUGCAUGCAGGGAGCUCAAGGAGUCUAGUAGCUCAUCAUCACGAAAUGUUGCUUUGUUAUACGACCGCAUUCAAACUUCUGCGCAGGCAAAGCUUGCCAUGAUGUCUCCGGAGGACAAGGCCAUGGAUAUGUCACAGCGGCGGAGCCGUACACAGAUUGAAACAUUCAAAGCACGUAUAACAUCUGAAUUAUGGACUACGGGUCGAUAUCGCAUCCACGAGAAGGACAGCAAUGGCCAAGAAUUCAUAGACGACAUCAGAAUCCUGAUCGAGUGGAAGGAAUUUGACCCGAAAAAUCCUGUGAGGGCACUGAUCGACAGGCGCGUCAAUCGCAUCGCUGAGCUGCUCUCUACCAAAACGCCCAAGCCUACGGAUUUCCGUGUCCAAGAUUGCCUGGGGUUUUUCGAAGACGACGAGUUUCCCAGAUAUGGCAUGAUAUAUAGACUUCCUCAGUCAGCAAGCCGAGAAGUGGUGUCUCUCUACAACCUGCUUGACAGGAGCGAGGAUCCACUGUUGCCCGACUUGGGGGACAAGUUUAAAUUGGCCAAAAUCCUCGUCACUGCACUACUGCGACUCCACGAUUGCGGAUGGGUGCACGGGUCCUUCCGCUCGAACAACAUCAUAUUCCUAGCCGACGAGGAUGAAAGCGAGGCCAGACAUCUUCGUGACCCAUAUAUUCAUGGAUUCACCUUCUCAAGACCCACCGACCCCAGCGAGAUCACAUUGGAAUAUUCCAUGACGCAUUUCGAGCACGACCUUUACCGGCACCCUCAAAUCGCGCAGUUCAUUUCCCGCAAGGUCCUGAGAGAUAUCACUGAUCAUCAAAGGUUCCAAACUGUUCACGACCUCUACGCCUUGGGGAUCAUCCUCCUGGAGAUCGGCUUGUGGAGGAGGAUCAACACCCUUUGGAAAGACAAGUAUACGCUGGCGAGAUUCCACGAAAAGCUCGUCACUGCAUAUGUCCCUAGACUGGGCCCCAAGAUGGGUAUUACAUACAGAGACGCGGUACAGCGUCUAUUGACUCUUCCCGUUAUGCAAGAAACCGGGAGGGAUGCAGCAUCAGAUGGUGCAGAGCAGGACUCUGACACGGUUCUCGAUGACCACCGUGAAGCAUUGGUUCCAGAAAUCUUACUACCUUCUGAUAAUACUGAAUUGUACUGGGAAAUCGUGGCGAAGCUUUCAGAAUGCAAAGUAUAA